AUGGAGGACCAAGUCAAAUCCCGACGACAGCAUGACACCCCUCGGGUUGUCGACGAAACAAACUUGAACAAAGAUGACUUCAAGCAAGCGCAACUCGCUGGUGGUUGGAUACCCGGUAUGGAUAUCAAACUGGACUAUACCGGGGUGUUCGAAUUUGGUGGUUCACUCGGAAACUUGGCACUUAUGGUUGGCUUCCCAUUGCUGAUGUGGUAUAUGUGGAUCGGCGCCACCUACUAUGAUGGGAAGCUACCUCUGCCGCAAAACGGAGAGUCCUGGGCGGUCUUUGGAAAGCAUCUGUGUCACCUUGUUUACACCGGUGCUUUCCCGCACUUCAGAGCGUGGCGCAUCUACUGGACUUUCUACAUCUUCGAGGCAGCAUGCUACAUCUUCAUGCCCGGAUACACAUGCCAUGGGAAGCCUCUGCUCCAUUUGAAAGGCAAGCGGCUAGAGUACUAUUGCUCAGCCUACAGUAGUUUGUACUUCACCAUCGUUGUCAUGGUCUUUCUACACUACACAAGACUGUUCCCAAUUUACACUAUCCUGGAUGAGUUCGGUCCUCUGAUGUCUGUGGCAAUUCUUUCCGGGUUUCUCGCCAGCUUUUUCGCCUAUUUCUCUGCAUUUGCUCGCGGUGCCCAGCACCGCGUAACUGGCUACCCGAUCUAUGACUUCUUCAUGGGAGCUGAGCUGAAUCCACGAAUGUUCGGAAUCCUGGAUUUUAAGAUGUUCUACGAAGUCCGUAUCCCAUGGUUCAUGCUCUUGGGUUUGAGCUGCGCGGCUGCCACUCGCCAAUAUGAACUCUACGGAUACGUUUCUGGUGAGGUGCUGUUUCUUGUCAUGGCGCAUUUCCUUUACGCCAACGCCUGCGCCAAGGCAGAACACCUCAUCACCACAACAUGGGACAUGUACCAGGAGAAACUAGGAUUUUUGUUGAUCUUCUGGAACAUGGCUGGUGUCCCUAUGUCUUACUGCCACUGCGUCCUGUAUCUGGAUAGUCGCCACCCGUCUACAUAUGCUUGGAACAAAAAUGCAUUGACGCUAUUGUUUGUGUCAUACCUUUUCGUCUACUGGGUCUGGGACACAGCAAACAGCCAGAAGAAUACCUUCCGCAUGAUGGAGCGUGGCGAUACGGCGAACCGCAAAACAUUCCCCCAGCUCCCUUGGCGACACGUUAACAGCCCAAAGACACUUGAGACAGACAAGGGCGAUGUUAUUUUCGUUGAUGGGUGGUAUGGAUUGGCUCGCAAAGUCCAUUACAGCUGCGAUAUGUUUUUCGCUUUGUCGUGGGCACUGAUCACCGGGUUCGACAGUCCUUUUCCCUGGUUCUACCCAAUCUUCUUCGCCGUCAUGAUUGGUCACCGUGCCGUGAGAGAUAUCAACAAAUGUAAAAGCAAGUAUGGAACGACAUGGGAUGAGUACGAGAAGCAGGUUCCAUACCUCUUCAUUCCGGUGAGUUCUACUGCAAUUUCUCUUUUUUGA